AUGCUUUCCAAAACUCGCUACCCAAUGAGAAAAUAUAUCCACCGAGCUGCUCGGUGCCUUCAUACCGUUGCGCUGGGUUGCUGUCAUUCAUACUCUAGCGUCGGGAGAUGUUUCGUCGUGUGGAUCCGUGCUCUCAUUCACACCGUGCCAUGA